UUGAAAACACCAAACUACAAAAUCAGGUUUAAUUUUACACCCCAGUUGAUUAAAACUUCCACAAACCAUAAAACAAGAGAAAGGCAUGUGAUGCAAAUUUGGAAAAGUCUGGUGGCAGUUCCCAGAAACCAGAAACAAAAAGAAGAGGCAAAAGUAAGCUUCUUUGAGGGCAAAUUGUAAUUUUAUGAGUUUAGGUGACUUUCUCUUCUUUUUCCCUCACUCACACAAUGAAGGUCCUCUUCUGAAUCCUGUAAAUCCGUCGUUGCAUUUCUUAGCAAACUAAUGGAUCCAAACCGGUGACUCACUCGCCUUUACCUCCUCAACAACAGUAAAACCCUCCGGAGAAAACGAUUGGAUGGCAAAGUCGUGGUCAAGCCGGUGUCGGAGAGGGAGGACAAUAUAGUUUUAAACGCCUCACAGAUUGGGAAGAAACGCGAUUGAAGUACAUACGACAUAUAAGCAUCAAUGAGCAUCAAUGAGUGGAGCCAUUGACGGUCACCGAAUGGUUUGUCGUUUAAGAUCGAGUUUUCCUUCUUCAAAUUGGGUUCUUAUAGGAAGCACGAGGAUUAACUAAAUCAAGUGAUAAUAGAGAGAGACCAACUCCGUGAACAAGUUUGUAUCUUGAUCGUGUUGGCAAUGUUAUAAAGAUUUAGCUGCAUGAGUUGCCAUAGACAGGGUUGCCGACAUGGCCAGCUCCUCCUCCAUUUACUCAAAAGGUGUUCAACCAUUUUGUCUUUUGAUACCAUUAAAUGUCUCCAUGCACUCUCCAUCACAAUUGGUCCCAUUCCAAAGCAAUCCAUUUUCAUUCACAACAACAUCCUCUCCUCAUAUAUUUCCCUCGGUGAAGUGCUCCACUCACGCAAGAUGUUCAACUGUAUGCCUCAUAGAACAGUUGUCUCUUACAACACUCUCAUCAUUGCAUAUUGUCGACUUGGGGAUGUGGAUAAUGCAUGGGACCUUCUCUCCCACAUGAGGAGGAGUGGUUUUGUGCCUACCCAGUACACCCUCACUGGGCUGUUGUCGUGUGAGUUCUUGAAUCUUUCGCUGGGUGCUCAGUUGCAGGCUUUGAGCAUCAGGAAUGGACUCUUUGAUGCUGAUUCUUUCGUAGGUACUGCUUUAUUGGGCUUGUUUGCGAGGCAUGGAUGUUGGGAUGAAGUCUUUUCUGCAUUUGAAUAUAUGCCCCAGAAGAGCUUGGUGACAUGGAACUCGAUGAUGUCCUUGUUGGGGCGUAAUGGGUUUGUUGAAGAGUGUAAGAUUUUGUUUCAUGAUCUUGUGAGGAUGGGGAAGUCUUUGUCGGAAGGUUCUUUUGUUGCUGUGUUAUCUGGACUUGUUUAUUCCGAGGAAGAUUUGGAAUAUGGUGAACAGAUACAUGGGUUAAUGGUCAAAUGUGGGUUUGGUUGUGAAAUUACUGCACUUAAUUCUCUUAUUAGUGCGUAUGUCAGGUGCAAAGCUAUGUUCGCAGUGGAAAGAUUGUUUGAGCAAGUUCCUGUUCAGAAUGUUGUUUCUUGGAAUAUAGUUAUGGAUGCAUUGGUUAAAGGUGAGAGACCUAUGACAACACUAGAGUUGUUUUUGAAUAUCUUAAGCAGAGGAUUGAUGCCAACUCAGGUCACGUUUGUUGUUGUUAUUGAGUCCUGUAGUUGCUUGAGAAUUCUUGUAUUUGGAGAAUCUGUCCAUGCUAAGGUAAUCAGGAGUGGCUUUGAGACUGAUGUUAUUGUGGGUACUGCAUUGAUAGACUUCUAUGCCAAAUGUGAUAAAAUUAUUUCAGCUCAUAAAUGUUUUGAUCAGAUAGAAGAGAAAAAUUUGGUUUCUUGGAAUGCUUUGAUAGUGGGUUACUCAAACAUUUGCUCUUCCAUAGCAAUUCUAUUGUUACAAGAAAUGCUCCAAUUGGGUUAUUCCCCAAAUGAGUUUUCAUUUUCUGCUGUUCUCAAGUCAUCUUCAGCGUCUAGCCUUCAUCAGCUCCAUGGUUUGAUUAUAAGAGCAGGGUACGAUAGUAAUGAAUACGUAUUAAGCUCUCUUGUUUUGUCUUACACCAGAAAUGGUCUCAUAAAUGAAGCACUUUCUUUUGUCGAUGAAUUUGAGAACCUACUUCCUGUUGUCUCAUCUAAUAUCAUUGCUGGAAUCUAUAACAGAACUUGCCAGUACUACGAAGCAAUAAAGCUACUUUCUUUGCUAGAAGAACCGGAUGUUGUGUCCUGGAACAUUGUCAUUUCAGCUUGGGCUCGGAGCAAUGAUUAUGACAAAGUUUUUGCACUUUUCAAGCAUAUGCGUUCAACAUGCAUUCUUCCAGAUAGUUACACAUUUAUGAGUGUAUUAUCUGGGUGUACCAAACUUUGUCGUCUGGAUUUGGGUACUUCUCUACAUGGACUUGCUAUAAAAACUAAUCUUGGUAAUUUCGACACAUUUUUUGGCAACGUACUAAUUGAUAUGUAUGGGAAGUGUGGAAGCAUCGAUAGUGCAGUGAAAGUUUUUGAAGAAAUUAUGCACAAAAAUAUGAUUACUUGGACAACACUAAUCACUGCACUUGGGUUGAAUGGUCAUGCUUAUGAGUCAGUAAUGAGAUUCCGAAACAUGGAAAUGAUAGGGUUGAAGCCUGAUGCAUUAGCACUCAGAGCAGUGCUUUCUUCAUGCAGAUAUGGUGGAUUAAUGGAAGAAGCCAUGGAAAUUUUCAGGCAGAUGAGAGCCACUAAUGGGAUGACACUAGAACAUGAUCAUUACCAUAUUAUGGUUGAUCUACUUGCAAAAAAUGGACAAAUUAGAGAAGUUGAGUUAAUCAUUGCAAGCAUGCCUUUCCCACCAAAUGCCAGUAUAUGGCGUAGCUUUCUUGAAGGCUACAGUAUGCAAUAGCGUGCAAAUUGACUUUUGUACAAAGUCAUUAACCUUUUGACAGGAAUUCACUGAACAUAUUUUUUCUGUUUGGUUGUUCAACCUUUAACUCUGGAGCACAUGUUUGAUUUUGUUUUUUUUAAAAACCCUUUUUGUGCAUAUUGUGUAUCCAAGCUUGUUUCUUCCUCUUUAGAAGUCAAAAUUCUAACUCAUCAUAUCAGGGACUUAGCUAUGAGAUUCAUAUGUUCCUUUAGUGUCCGUAUUGUUUCCUCUGGAAUUUGGAUAUUACAUGUGGCUAUUUGCUAUCAAAUCAUCUCAGUCAUGACAUAAAGAUUCAUUCAUUAUAGUCGUUCCUAAGAAGUUUGGUUGAGGCAAGCACACCACAACCAAAAUGGCCAAGCAAAAGAAUUCUCUCGAACCAGCAAUGGUAGUUGCUCGUGAUAGGUGAGUGGGGCUAAAGCCAACUGGAAAACAGUACAAUGCUCAAGUAAGGUAUCUCAGCAAUGAGUAUUACAUGCGUUGAAGAUGGAGCUCCUAUGAAAUAAAAAAUCUUAUUAACCGUAUUAUCAGCAUUCUUGUUAGCCAUAUUGUGAGAAGCAACUUCCAUAGUUUCAGAGCAGCGAUCUUAUGAAAAACAACAGAAUACUAAAAAAAUCAAAUUUAUCAACUAAGUACUAUAUUGGAAAGCAUAAAGCAAUCUUCAGAGUUUAAUCAGCCACCACGGCAAGCAGAGUUUGUGCAGACUUAUCGUGAAAUACAGGAUGUAAUUGAAGGAGAGGACUUUCAAUCAGAACAAGAAGGAAAAAAGCAGUUGGAGCAAUCUGAAAAACCUGCAGAUUGGUGUGAAAAACAGGAUAGCAUACCAGCUAUUAUUGUUCAUGAUUCUAAUAUUUUAGCUGAUGCUUCCUCUGAUUUUAGUGAUGUUGUUUCUUAUGAUUUGAAUGUUAUUGCUGCUUCCAAUUUUGAUAAUGCUGAUUCUGACUUUAUGCCUGCAGUUCAAUAUGGUGCCAAUGAUGUUCCUGCUUUUUACAUUAAUUUUACAGCUGUUGAUUUUCAUAAUAAUACUGCUGACUGUUCUAAAAGUAUGGUUGAUCCUGUGGUUGAUAAUCACACUGAUUUUAAUGAAAUAACUGCAGUUCACACUGAUUUUACAGCUAUUGAUGGUCAUAUGGAUACACCUAUUAAGGCAGUUUAUGAAAAUCUUGCAGUUCAAGAUUUUGAUAAUGCUGUUGCUGAUUUUGAUGCUUUUUGAUCAUAUAGAUAUUGAUCUUAUUAAACCUAUUGCUGACAUUGCUAUUAUUGAUUUCACUUCCAAUGCUCUUGAUUUAGUUUAUGCUGUUGACCAUAUUGAUAUAUCUGCUGCUGUUUUUGAUCCAAAUGUUGACGUUGCUGAUUGAUCUGAUUUUGGCACAGUUUUAAGUGAUAACAACGUUUUAGUAGCUGGUGAAUUUCAUGGUGUUGUUUCUGAUCUUGAUGUUGAUUUUAUUACUGCUACUGCUGAUUAUGAUUUUAAUGCUGCUGAUUCUGAAUUUUAUGUUCAUUCUGAACUGAAUAAUGUGGCAGCUGUUGUUGCUGAUUUUACUCCUGCAGUGUUUGCUGAUUUUUCAAGUGCUGAUUUUGCAAUUGUUGAUGCUGAUAUUCAUACACCUCUCAUUCAAGACAUUCAACAACCUUCACUGGAUGACGUGUGUCUGCUGCAACACAAUUAAAGAGAAAGCUCAUUGCUGAAAAGGAUAAAUUCUAUAGAUUUGUUGAGCAUAAGGAAGCAAAGCUGAAGGGUCAAUUUAAAUUUUUGUUUGUAAUAGUAGUAGUAGAAAUUUGAUAUUUUCUGUAGAUAGUAUAGGUAGUAAAUUUGGUAUGGUGAAUAGAAUGAUAGAAAAUAAACUGUAUUACAUAGAAAUAAAGAAAAUAAAUUUUGAUUUAUGUCCAAUUUGAGUUGGGCAAUGUUUUAUAGAUUAGUCUAGUUUCCUGCCUUUUAGUUUAGCUCAGCCUAGUUUUCUACAGUUUAUAUUUGCUGGUUUUGUUACCUUUCAUACUUAGUACUAGUUUGUAGAUGUUAGGAUUCUUGUUUCAUUUCAGUUUCGAUGUUGUUCUUCUAUUUUUCUGAAUUUUUUGUUUGCUUUCUUUUUGACUCUCACUCACAUUCUCGGUCUCAAAUUUCAGGUACAGAUUUCAUUCAAUUAUCAAUAUAAUUUUGAUCUCUUUUCCAAUCUCCUUUCUUCUUGAAAGCGGUAUGGUCUUUCUUCUUCUCGAUAAAACGGUAGUACGAGUGUUUUCCAGUCAUACUUUGAUUUCUAGGUUUGUAACUUCUUAUUCUAUUGAUUUUCCUUUUUUUGACCCAAACCUUAACCAUUAUUAAGAGUAGAUGUGAUUAAAAUGAAAGAGUUCUUUAAGUAUAAUUUCUGGUAGAAGGUAUUGCUCAUACUUUAGGAAAAAAAAUUUCUGUUUAUCAUAUUCUCUAAUUUUGUUGUUUGAUAAAGUUACUAUUCUUUUCGAUAUUAUUUGGUUCAAUUUUGAUUGUUAAUAGUUACUUGAUUGCUGCCGUUAUUGGUUUGUCUCUUUGAUGGUAUAUCUUACUGAAUUUUAUAACUAUUGGUCUCCUACUAACUUACUUUUUCGUUAACAAGUAUUAGAUAGCCUUGGGCAUUUGUUGGUAGCCUUGGGGUAUGGUUUAUGGCCAUCAAUGGUUCUUUUCUCAGAAAUUGUCCUGACUUCAUCUUGGCGGAUUUUUGUUACUAUUAUGUCAAAAGAUUGGUUUAGUUUCUGAUGUAAUUCUUUGUCUCCCAAGCAUUCUAUAAUGCUUUUUUCUCAGAGUUUUUCAAUAUCACUCCAACGCGUCUCUUGUAUAUUUGACCUCAGGAUUUUUAUUUUUAUUUAAUUGCAGUGUUUUCGGGGUGGUGUGAUUGACAAUAUGCUUUGGUGUAAGCUGUCUGUCACACUUAUUUUAACAUAAUCAUGCCUUAUGGUCGGUUACCCUUGUUACAGUACAUUUUUUGUUGGCUCACUUGUUUGUUAAAAUAAUUAUUAAUUAUUACAAAAAUCAACCAAUGACGCAUAUAAUCAAUCAAUGAACCCAUCUAAGUUUUGCAGCUUUCCCAAAUACAUCACUAAUUCUUUUGGCUUAUUUCAGGACAACUCAAAGUUCUUGUCUUACUUGCAAUGAAAUGUCAUUUUCACAUGAAUAAUCAUCUAUGACUUAUGUUUGCAAUGUAGUUAUUGGCUAUUGUUUUUGCUUGCUCAGUCAUUGCUUUUGCGAAGUGAUUAUAUUUAUGAUAUCAUAAUUUACCUUCAUUCUUUUUUAACAGGUAUGAGCCAAAUACAAUUGACCUAUGGGUUAACAGUGAACUAGACCUAGAUAGAUCUACUAAUGGAUAAGUCAUGGAUUGAUAUGCCAAGAUGCAGAAGGUGCCAUCAGUGAUGCCACUUGAGCACUGUGCCUAUCAGGCGUUGCGUGUCCUCACAAUUAGAGUUUAUGGAGAAGAUAACAAGCUUAUGACAUGAAAGGGCUUGGUUAAGAGAGCUUGAUGGAUUGUUUAACGUUCAUGAACUCAAAGGGGUUCAAGAUGCCAUAUAUGCAGCACGAUUUUCCAACAAGCAAAUGAAUUCCACUUGGCUCUUUUUCAGCUUAGUCAAAGUGGUGUAACAAACACCUUUAAAGAAUUUGUUGCGAAUUUGGGUCAGAAAUCGAGGAGAAAAAUGAAAGGUAGGUAUGAGUUGGCAUAUUGUAGAGGAACCUUUGAGUAGAAGAAGAGGAUGGGAGAGAAGAAAGUGUAGAAGGGUGAGGGAGGGUAGAAAAUUAGUGACUGCAGAUGUUAGAAGAAGAGGGAAGGGUGAGGAACGAAUUGUUUUAUAUGAAGGUUCUAGCAUGGAGGAGAUGGACCAUACUUGAUGCCUCUUUCACAUUGGCAUGCCCUGUACUUUUUCCUUCAUUCACAAGAAAGGGGGGAAGAUAUUCUUCUACCUUUUCCGUUUUAAUUGCUUUCGACCAUAAAUUAGUACACAUAUAAAAGAAACCAAAAAAGGGAAGUGAACAAGUGCUUAAAUCAACUAAUAUCAGCUUAAUGAAUAUAAUCUUGAAUUUGAAUCUAAAUUAUACAUACUUAGAGAAUCAUUUGUUCAAACUGUUACUAAUGUGUUUAGAAAUGCAGGUUAGCAAAUGGUUCAAAAAUGCAUGUUACAUGGCACUUAAAACCAGAAGGGAAUUAAGAAAUUGUUUUGUUCUUGGAAUUUGCAAAGAAGUCCAACAUCGUGAGUUUUGUUACAUGUUAUUACAUAGCUGAGCUAGAAGCAAGAAAUGAGAGCUAUGAUGUGAUAAUUGGCGACUUGGCAACCCCAAUUGAUGGAGGUCCCUAUUAUAAACUCUACACUAAAUCCUUUUACGAGUUAAUUAUCAAGCCUAGACAGAAGCAAGAUGGCAUACAUGAGAACACUUCAAGUUUUGGAUCAACAAGACCAGCAAGCUCCCCCUCAUCAUCCAUAGAAAAUUUGUCAACUUUGCUACCGUCUGUGUUCCUCUCACUAAGCUUGGAAAUGUACUUUAGUUUAAUCCCUUUAUUGAAGUAUGAAGCUAAUUAACUUUUUCAUUCUAUAAUUAUGCUUAUUGCUUCUCAUUUUAUAACCAAACAAGUCCAUGAUCUCUUUGUCUUUCUAUAAAUAUUUGAGGAAUGAAUCACUCCUAUUGGCUUCAAAAGAACAGAAGAUUGUGAAGUUUUAACUUCUAAGCCUAAAGCUAAUGAUAAUGUUGAUGCUUCUCCUUGUACGAAUAAUAUUUCUGAUGGAUGUCACAUCAAACGAGGUUCGGAGAAGGAAAUUAAAUAUCACGGAGAAUCAAGGUGUUCAUUCCAAUUCUUUGUCAAUGUUAACAUUAGGCUUUUGACAGGGUGAUAUUAGGGUUGUUUGUUUGGUGGAAAUUUCCCCUCUAUUAUUUUUUUUGUCCUAUUUUA